GAAGUUGACUUUUAACGGUUUCUAGGAAAUUCAAAUUAUCGCUUUUUAUCACUUGAUUUGAAAUCUGUCACGAGAGCUUGUCAUUUAAAUUUAAUUAAUCGGCUUAAAAAUGAUUAAAACUGAGUAUUUGGAUGAAUAUAUCGACGAGGAAAUAUUAGUCGAUGAUCAUCCUACAAAUUAUACCAUUCAGGAACUCGAGAAAUCAUUGAAAAAUGAAAAUUCUACACAUGAAAAUGAAUUUGUACAAUUUUUGCAAGCUGGUAGUUCCCAAACACCUGACGAGAAGCCUGCACAGAAGGGGAUAAAACGUAAAUUGUCGAAUCAAACAUCAGUAAAGAAACGCAAAGUUGAAACACCAAAGCCUAAAAAGGAACCAGGUGUUGGGCAUGUAAUUAAAUUGUAUGCAUACAAGGAUUGCCUGGGCGAAUAUAAUUCUCUUAUCCAAAAUCCGGAUAUGCCGUUAUGGUAUCGAGAUGGUUCAUGCUUAAUUCAAAAAUAUUUACGCCAACGAUGCAAUGAUGAUGAAUUGUUUUAUUUCUCGACACAAAUCUAUUCUUGCUGGGAAGAAGACCGCGAAAAAGAGUAUGUGGAACUAGAAGCAGAAAUUGUCUUAAAGAAAAACGUAAACUUUGUUGUUAAAAUUCGUGAUAUUGAUAUUAUUGAGGAUAUAUGUUCAAACGGUAAUUUUAAGGAACUUGGCUUGACACCUUACACUAAUUAUCAAAUGCGAGCCACUGAUAAUCCUGAAAUCGAAGUUGCAAAUGCAUUGACAUUCAAAGUCAACACAUCUGAUGAAAUCUCAGACUUUGAUUACGAAGAUUCACAGGAUAAACAGGAUGAAAACACAUCGAAUGAUGUAACUGAACAAGUCCAAGAUUUUGAGCCCUAAAUUUAAUUAAUACUGUUUUCCUUUUAUAAUUUAGUCAUGGACUGACUAUACAUUACAUUCAUAAAUUAUUUGACUCAGCAUAUAACUCAUAAAUGACUGAGAGGAACUGAAAUAUUGAAAAAUGGAUGAAGAAUAAUAAAAACAAAACUUUUGAAACGAC